AUGGAGGAUGAUCACUUUGGGAUUGAUCGCGAGUGCGCCAACGACAAUCAAUUCAUUGGACCGUAACACUCAUUUUACUUUUUCGCUCAUCCCGAAACUCACGCGCACACACAGAUUGCUGAUGGAAUAGCUUCGCGAAAUUGUCCACACGUGAGACAACUAGCCCUACAACAUGCAGCACACUUGACCGUGCGGCGUAUUCUCUUGGCCAGACAACAGCAUCAACUUCAGAAUCGAAAAGAUUCGGACACGGCUCUGACCAAAUCAGAAGAGUUUCGCCAAGAUGAACAAAAGUUACCCGUUGCGAGCACUGAAGCAUCAGACGAGCCAGACUGUUUGCGCAUCAUGUUCCGGCUGAUCCAGCACCUAUUUGAUGAUCCUGCAGAUGCGGUGUUCAUUGACGCUCUGAGGGCUUUCCGCGAACUUCUUGGUUAUCUGGUAUGCUUCAAUACAGAAACUCAGACUGCGUUGCAACGGGCGAUUGGCCCCAUUAUUCGUCGCCUGCUUCGUUUUACCGGUGGCGCAAGUGUCCUCUGGUCUUUGAGGCAUCAGCCCCGUGUGUCUGUUCAGCCCACACCGGUGUUAAUGCAUCAACAAUCGACGGACAGCAAUCCGGAUUCGACUGUUCUCAGUGUACCGACUUCAGGCCAUUUGAACUUCGGGCUGUCCCGGAGCCAACUCAGUGGACCGGCCAGUGGCACGCACACACCGCAUCUGCCCGAUCCGAGCAGUCUUAUUUGUGCGCACAAUUUGGAUUCAAGUAGCGAACUAUCCCAGUCACACCAAGAACCGAUUACACCACCAGCUAAUUUACGAGAUCGGGCUAAUUUGGCAUUAGCUACUUUGGUCGAGUUGGCCAAGGGUCAGAUAGGGGCUUUGGCGAUUGGUCGUGAUGUUGGGUGUGCUGCCGACUGUCUUCCUGUAUGCGGACUUCAUCAUAUGACACGAUUUGUGCUGAGCUCUGCCAAGUUUCAUGCUACACACUUAGUCGGCCGAUUGACGCUGUUGGAUAAGCUCAUCCGCAUGGAUCAGACAUUUGUAACCCCAGAUCCAGCACAAGGUCUAACUUCGCAAAAGUCGUUCAUAUCACUACCAACCCUGGACCGUCUAGCUCGACGUCACCUAUGCUCUAGUCUUGUGUUUGCUCGACGUCACCUGAUUCCUCCGGUGUCUAAUUCCGAAAUAGUCAGUUGUUUUCCUCGAAACUAUGAGCUUCAAUCAAAUGCAACAGACAUAACCGGUCUUGCCUCCACCACCGGGAAACCGGAAAUCAAUCAGCUGGGUCUUGUUCCUAACUUGGACCGGGACGAAGCGUUGAAGAGUCUUUAUAAUACACAACUCAAAGCCAGUCGGGUAGCUAGACGUGUGUUCCUGACCGCCGCUCGUGCUCUUCUGACCUAUGAAAGUCGACAUUUGUCUGACUGGAACGGAGGGCCCAUCAAACCGAUACAAACUAACUACGGGACUAGAGAGUUUUGCCCCCGGGAAUUUGUUGAAUUGGAAAUCAAUCGAACUGAGGCUCCAUUAGCCGCUUGGCUCCGGAACAAACUAGCCUCUGUGCUGUAUCCGAACCUCGUGCCCGGAAUGGACACACCACUGAUCCCGAUUCGGAUGGCAGUCAGUGAGGCACAGCCCAGUAUUCCACCUAGGAAUGCAUACUGUCUGCGACAAUCACAGCAAUCACAGGCAUUGCCAUCGCCUCAACCACAACCACCACCACCACCACCACCACAACAACAACAACGGCAACAGCAAUCACAACAGAAGCAGCAGCACUCAAACAGUCAGGAAAACAUAACUGAAUGCAACCAUCAAAAGCGUGCGGCAUUACCCAACUCGCAAACUCUUGGCAACAUACACAGCUCUCCGCAACAAUACGGUCAACAACAACAACCGUCACAACAACAACAACAACAACAGCAGCAGCAACAACAACAACAACUAGUGCUAUCCAAUCCGUCAACCUGUCCAAGUAGUCGAGCUCAUUCUAACUCUCCGGUACUGAGAACCGCAGAUUGUUCGCAAUCCAGUCCACCAGUCCCUCCACCACGUCGUUUUUGCGGGUCUCACAAAAUUCCCACUGAGUGUUCUCAGAAUCUCAUUUCGACAAGAAAGCUAAGCCUUGAUCAUGCCAAAAAAUGUGAAGAUUCGUUAAGACGAAACUCUUGGACACCGGAAUGCACAGGCCAAGUGUGUCAAGAUCGUGGUGUUCAUGAAACGACGGGAACACAUUGUGUGCGUAUAGCCCUAGAACCGGCCUACGAUCUGGUCGCCUUAUCCGAAUCGGGGAAUUAUAGUAGUGUAAGUGAGGGUGAGGGUGAAGAUGAGGAUGAGGUUCCGGUUGAAGAAGAGGCAAAUUACGGAGCAGAUGGAAAGCAUCCUGUUACAGAACGAUCAGACGCAGAUGCACAUCUAUCCGAACCAACUUACGGAGGUCGAUCUCUCGGAUCAGAAGCUGAAUUACAGACCGAGCAGGCCGCUGUGCUUCGGUCGGCCUUGCGACGUUGUUCUCGUUCACUCCGCCCCCUACUUCCAGUCCCCGCUUUGUCCAUGGUAAUGGAGGCUUUUCGUUCGACCAAUCAAAUUCCAAGCACAGAUGAAUAUUACGAGUCCAUUGAUUGGAUUCGUGGUCCGAUUUUGGGACAAGGGGCUUUCUCACAAUGUUAUCAGGCUCGGGACACGCGAACUGGUCUGUUGAUGGCUGUCAAACGAAUCCGCCUUGGUGGGGGUUCUGUGUUUCCUAUAGUCACCGAUCAAGCUCCUUUAAAUGCUUGCCGCACGGGGCAUGUUUCUGCAGUUCAGGUUAGUCCGACGAGUACAAAACCCCGCAAUCCAAUCUAUCCUGAAUUAUCCCCCGAGGCCGCUGCUCAGUUGAUCGAGGUGCAGGCUGAGGUAAAUAUCAUGCUGCAGUUGAAUCACCCAAAUGUGCUCCGUCUCUUUGGAGCGGUUUAUUGUUCUAGACGAGCCGUGGUAGAUUUAUUUGUCGAGUGGAUGCCAGGCGGUAGCGUGACCAGUCUUCUGAAACAAUACGGACCAUUUAAUGAGUCAGUAACACUGGCCUAUGGAAUACAAGUUGUGCGCGGAUUAGCCUACCUGCAUCGGAACGGAAUAUUACAUCGUGAUCUAAAAGGUGCAAAUCUACUUGUGGACACAACGGGCAGUGUGGUUCGCAUUUCCGAUUUCGGGGCCUCGGCUCGUCUUAGUGGCGAGGAGAGUGUGACCGGUCAAUUUCAAGGUCAGGUUAUUGGGACAUUCUCGUUCAUGGCUCCAGAGGUGCUUCGUGGUGAAACUUAUGGUCGCGCAUGUGAUAUUUGGUCCGUCGGAUGUUGCUUAUUGGAAAUGCUGACCAGUAAACCACCUUGGCAUGACUCACGCCUAACCAACCGAUAUGCGUUGAUGUUCGCGAUCGCCACUUCCCGCUCACCUCCAACUUAUCCAGAGGGCUUGGAUCCAGACGUAUUGGCAGUACUAAACGCCUGUUUUGCUCGUAACGCAUCUGAUCGACCGACGGCCUCCAAGCUGCUUAGCUUUCGUGCAUUUUCACGGCUUACAGAACCAUCAAGCGAGUCACGUGAUGAUGACAGAUCCGGGUCAGGGCAGCGACGCAGUUCAGGAUCAAACCGAUGGGCUAGUAUGAUUCGUCGAGAAAAUUCCUCCGACCGGAAAAUUCGUGCUCAUCCAACGGAUGCCACAGGCAACGUGAUAGUGAACAAUACCGGAUUACGGAGACAAGAAACUGCCAGGCAGCGUGUAAAACAAUCGCUUCUCCAAACAACUCGAGUGGUCUGA